AUGGAUUUUCAGGGAGAAGCUAGGAAGUGGUUUUCAAGGGCAAAGCAGAAUCAAUUCAAAUGGGGUGAGUCAAACACUUCUUAUUUUCAUAAAAUAGCUAAUUCUAGGAGAAAGAGAAACACAAUAGCUAAACUGGAGAUUGAUGGUGUUGAUUGCUUUAAUCAAGGUGUUAUUAAGGAAGAAAUGAGGAAUUAUUUUGUUUCUCUUUUUACUGCACAGGAUGAUGUUUCUUUCAAAAUGAACAAUUUGCAUUUUCCAGUUAUCGAAGAGGAGUUAAAGGUUUGGAUGAAAAGAGAAUUUAGUGAAGAAGAGGUUUUUGAUGUGAUAAAGCACAUGGGUAAAAAUAAGUCACCUGGUCCAGAUGGCUUUUAUCUGGAAUUUUAUAAGAAGUGCUGGCACAUUAUAAAGGAUGAUUUCAUGAAGAUGAUGGUGGAAUUUCAUACAUAUAGUAGCUGGGAUUGGAGAUUGAAAGUAGCAAUGCCUGUUUUAAUAUCUGAUUUUCAGGGAGCUUUCAUUAAAGAGAAGCAGAUAUUGGAUGGUGUGUUGGUGGCAGGUGAAUGUAUUGACAGCAGAUUGAAGGCUAAAAUUCCAAGUAUUUUGUGCAAAAUUGACAUGGAAAAAUCCUUUGAUAAUGUCAAAUGGAAAGCUCUUUUUUGCAUUCUUAAAAAACAUGGCUUUGGUGACAAAUGGAUUUCUUGGUUGGAAUGGUGUAUUACAUCUUCUAAUAUUUCUGUAUUAGUCAACGGAAGUUCUAGUGAGAAGUUUAAACCAACAAAAAGGUCUAAGGCAAGGAGAUGCAAUGUCUCCAUUUCUAUUUCUGCUAGUGGUGGAGCUAUGGAGCUGAAGUUAACUAGAAUCAUGAGAAAUUUUUUGUGGGACUCUGCUGAGGACAAGAGGAAGAUGUGUUGGGUUUCAUGGAGAAAGAUUUAUACUCCUAUGAACAAAGGUGGUCUGGGGGUAAAAAAUUUGAAGCUUACAAAUUUAGCUCUUUUGUCUAAAUGGAUAUGGAGAUACACAAAGGAGAAGGAUGCAUUAUGGAGGAGGAUAGCUCAAGAAAAAUUCAAGGGAAACAAAGAUUUGUACUUACCUGUGGAUGAUAAUAGAUUUCCAGCUGCUUUUAAAGCCUGUAAAAACAAGAAUGCUUCUAUUGCUGAGAUGGUGGUUAAUGGGAGGCUUCAAUGUAAUACAAGAAGGACUAUGACUGGAGUUGAACAGCUGGAAUGGGAUAGUCUGUGUAAUGAACUAGGACUAGUACCAGAUUUUGCUGAAGAGAUGGAUGAAAUUUCUUUUGAAGGUGAUUUCAGUGUUAAGAAGAUUUAUGAGAUGCAAUUGGAGGAAGCUGGAGCUUAUUCUUUUCAGAAAUUUCUAUGGAAAAAACAGGUACUUGCAAAAGUGAGUUUUCUUUUAUGGGCUUAUAUGCAUAAUUCUAUUCCAACACUGCCAAUGCUUAGACAUAGAGGUGUGGAAGUAGCUUCAGAUAGGUGUUAUUUUUGUCACUCUGAGGUGGAGGAUGCUGAUCACAUAUUUGUAACUUGCAAGUAUGCACAUGAGAUUUGGAUGCAUUUUUUGGAGGCUUUUAAAAUGCAUUGGGUGAUGCCUAAUACUUUGCAGAGUCUCUUUGAGAUUUGGAGUCAGUGUAAACUCAGAGAUCGUUGUAAGGAUGUUUGGGAGAAGAUUCAUUACGUUAUCAUUUGCCACAUAUGGAAGCAGAGAAAUGAUAGAGCCUUUGGAGCUAGACACAAGCCUGUUAGUGAGAUGAUUUUGCUUAUUAAGCAAGAUGUUGUUCUUUGGCUUCAUGAAAAAGAAACUCUCAAGUUUAUUCCUCUAGAAGCAUCAAAUAAGAAGAAAUCUAAGAAAUGUAAGAGGAAAAAAAUGGAAGCAGAUGAAGAAGAAGGUUUGGAAGCUGGAAUGCAGGACACCGAUGCAUAUGAGUAA